CUCUCACUCUCUCACCUCCACUCUCAAGAACCCUAAAAAAACCCCCCUUCCACCCACUAGUUUCAGACGCCGUCCUCCGCCGAGGUUCUCAUCAAUGGCGUCUCAGGCGUCGAUCUUCACCAGGACCCGCACUCUCCUCAAUGCCCUCGGCAAUUCCCCUCCUCACUCCGUCAAAUCGAUCACCUCCUCCGCUUUCCUCUCUCAGCAGCCUCAGCUGGCCGAAUCACCCGACCCGUCUCCGAACCCUGGCGCUAGCCCUGACCCUGACCCCACGCCUUCCACGCCGCUCCCUCCGAAUCCAGCUACGGGGAGCCCUCUCUACUCCUCCAACUGGCGCAACCCGAUCCCCUACACCGCCUCCGCCUCCGCCCAGGCCCAGGCCCUCAUCCCUCAGGGGUUACUCCACCAGGCCGCCUUCCGCAUGCAGUCCCUCUCGCAGACGCUCGACGUCCAGUCCCUGAUGAACGUCUUCGCCGAUUGGAUGACGUCGCAGCGGUGGUUCGACAUGAAGCAGCUCUUCGAGCUCUGGAUUCGGAGCCUGGACAAGAACGGGAAGCCGAACCGGCCCGACGUGAAUAUCUUCAACCAUUACCUGAGGGCGAACCUGAUGACUGGAGCGUCUGCUGGGGACAUGCUCGACCUGGUCGCUCAGAUGGAGGAAUACUCCAUCGAGCCCAACACGGCUUCGUUUAACCUCGUUCUGAAGGCAAUGUACGAGGCUCGGGAGGCCGAGGCUGCUGAGAAGUUGCUGGAACGGAUGCUGCAGACAGGAAAAGAAUCUCAGCCUGAUGAACAGUCCUAUGGAUUGGUAACUCGCUUGCUCCUUUUGGCGGAUCAAAUAGAUGCUGCCUUGAAAUAUGUAGAUCUUACUCUGAAGUCUGGCUAUAUGUUGUCGAUGGAAAUAUUCACUGAAUGUGUGCAAAGCUGUGUCAAGAAAGGCCGGUUGGACACAUUGGUGUUGAUAAUUGAGAGGUGCAAGGCAAUGGAUCAGAAUAAAGCUCUUUGCCCAUCAUGGAGCCUAUGCAAUUACAUUGCUGAAGUUGCGAUGCAAGAUGACAAUAGCAAAUUAGCAUUUUAUGCAUUGGAAUUUAUGGCGAAAUGGAUUGCUCGAGGUGAGAUGGCAAGGCCUCCUGUUCAUCUUUCCGUGGAUGAAGGGCUGGUUUUAUCGGCACUUGGAACUGCUGGUAGAACAUUUAGUUCUACUCUCCUAGAUGCUUCUUGGGCAAUCUUGCGACGGUCUUUACGGCAAAAGAAUACACCUAGUCCAGCAUCAUACCUUGGAAAGAUAUAUGCCCUUGCCUCACUGGGCAAUUUACAGAGGGCCUUUAGUACAUUGCGUGAGUUUGAGACUGCCUAUGGAAAUCCCCAGGAGCAAGCUGAAGAUCUUUUCUCUCCAUUUACCUCUCUAAAGCCUUUGGUGGUUGCAUGCUCCAAGAAUGGUUUUGAGACGUUGGACUCCGUGUACUUUCAACUGGAGAAUUUGAGUCGUGGUGAUCCUCCUUACAAAUCUGUUGCUGCUCUCAAUUGUGUAAUCUUAGGUUGUGCCGAUACAUGGGAUCUUGACCGUGCAUACCAGACAUUUGAGGCAAUUGGUGGAACUUUUGGCUUGACCCCGGAUAUCCAUUCCUAUAAUGCGCUUUUAUAUGCAUUCGGGAAGCUGAAGAAGACAUUUGAAGCGUCAAGGGUUUUUGAGCAUUUGGUUAGCGUGGGGGUUAAACCAAAUGCUACGUCAUAUGGUUUGCUUGUGGAUGCGCAUCUGAUAAACCGAGAUCCAAAAGCUGCUCUCUCUGUGAUUGAUGAAAUGGUAAUUGCUGGAUUCAUUCCCACAAAGGAGAUGCUUAAAAAGGUCAGAAGACGAUGUAUGAGAGAGAUGGACUAUGAGAGCGAUGACCGGGUGGAUUCACUGGCUAGGAAGUUUAAAAUACGUAUGGGCAAUGAAAAUCGCAGAGACAUACUAUUUAAUCUUAAUUACAGCACAGAGUAUGCUUGACAGGUAUGCUGAUUUUGGCUCUCGAAGUUCGAAGGCUCUGAUCUUCCCUGCCUUCCCCGUGGUUGAGCAUAAGCUGCACUGUAACCAUUGAUCUUUCCUUUCCCUUUGUAUAUUAUUCAAUUCUACCUUUCCCAUUUUCGACAGAAUGAAUCUAGGAUUUUAGUCUUUAGAGCCAGUAAUUUUGUUUUGCUCUUUACAUCCUCUUCUUUUCUGUAUGAGAACCUCGGAGGGCCAGUGAUGAUGCAAAAUCUUGCAAGGUAAUCCGGUUGAUGAUGAAUAAAUGUUGCACAAAUUACGUUCUGUUUCA